GUUCCCUGGUUCUUGUAUUAUCUGGGUUCACCAGUUAGCAGUUAAUUAAGUGAGACUAGAUUACUUGUGUAGUUAAUUUAGUUUGACUUAAAUCACCGGGCGCCAAUGUAUUCUCUUAUCGUGUUUGAUUUCCUGUAUUUGUUUAUACUUAUAAUAGUUGCAGAUUAUUUGCGAGCGAGCGAAAAAAGUUUGUGCAUACGUUGGAUAUUGUUUUGGGUUUAAAAAUGUUAGCCGAUGUUAUGCCUAAAAUGGAACUAAAAAUUCUGCCUGUCAGUAAGCCAGACUUUGAAGAAGCGACUUGGAACACCAAUACGUCAAUUAAUCAACCUCCUUCUGCACCUUACGAACCGCCAAGACCGUUGGUAAAAUCUCUUCCUUGCAGUUACACCUUUUCGCCCAUUCAGGAAACUCCACCUCCAACUCCUCAACCUCCAGCAGUAACUUUCGGUUGGGCCCAAAUUGAUGCAAUUAAUCCGGCAAUUCCUUACAUCAACAGAGGGUCGCUAUAUUUAGUUGCCAAACAGAUUUACUUUCCCAAAAUAGUCGAAGAACUGAAAAUUUACUUCACCACCAAAAUUUAUGAAUGUCUAUCUUAUAAGACUUAUGCAAUGACUGAAGAAGAAGCAUUAGGUUUCAAUGAUAUCAAUCGGCAUCAUUGUGAUUAUCAGCUGGUAGGAAACCAUGUAUUUAUGAAAGACAUGCCAAUGAUCGAGCUAGAUGAUCUUAAACAAAUGGUGGAAUUUUUGAAAGCAUGCUUUGAAGCAUUUUUUCGGAAGAAUUAUGAGAACAAUUUAUUUGGAUUCAUAAGAAUCGGUGGAGAAAGCGAGGUACCUUUUGUAUGGUGCAAGGAAAAGAAGAUGCUACCCUUAUUUUACUUUGAUGGGCAAAUGGAUUACCUUGACCAACAGUCAAUUGAGUUAACAGAUAAGUGGCAACUAGAUUAUUUAAAAUUUUGCUGCUUGAUUCAUAGUAUUCGUAAAGAACACUACGAAAAACCAUCUAUAAAGGUUGUUGACCUUGAUGUCAUCAAAAGCCUAAGUGAACAAGGUACUAAUUUUGAAGUGGCCUGGCCUAAAAUUUCUAAUCCUGAAUUGCUGAUUAAUCUAGAUCUAAAAAGACCGCAGCUUUACACCACAUCUAAAACCUCAUUUUUAAAACUACCUUUUCCGACAAAAUGUUUGAAAGACAUGUUGAAUUCGCCAGUACUGAAUGCCGAUAACUUAACCUGUAGCAAACUCUUUGAGAUAUUAAACCGAUCGCAAGCACCUGUAGGCAACAAGAAAGUACCUUCCAAACCCACAAUACCUAAGAAGACAAGGAUACGAAAUUUAAACAUGGUUAGUUCCACGAUAAAUGGCAAAAAUAAUUGGCCAGAAACUACUAUACAAAAAAGUGCUAGUCAAAAGAGUUGUCCUGAGAACACUGGGCCAUCUGCCGGUCAGCCCUCAAGUGUUGAGAAUCAUCAGCCUUCCAAAACCUUUUCACAACAAAAACAUGUUUUUGCACCAUACAUUAGACACCACAUUAGAAAUGGACCCCAACCAUCCCCUCAACUUGCGUCCUGCCCUAGUGUCGAAACUUCAACUUACAUUAGAAAUGAGUCCCAAACUCAACCUGGGACCUAUCCUAGUAUUAAAUCUUCAACUUAUAUUAGACACCAUAUUCGAAAUGGUCCGCAAACUCAACCAACGUCUUACCCUAAUGUAGAAACUUCAACUAACAUUAGACACCAUAUUAGAAAUGGAUCUCAAGCUCAACCUGCGUCCUAUCCUAGUGUCGAAACUUCAUCUUACGUAAAUCACCGCAUUGGAAAUGGAUUUCAACCUCAACCAGCGUCCUGUCCUACUUUCCAAACAUCAACUGCAGGUCAGCCACCCAAUCAACAGGUUACCACUUUAAAUCAAUCUCUUGAGCAAUAUCCACUAGCAAAUCCGUAUCAACCUACUCACCGUCAAAAGCUAAACAUGUACGAGCAACAGUUGGUGGAACAGUAUUUCAUGUCGCAGAAGGUCUUGUUGAAUCGUUCACAAGCCAAAACGCAAGCGUGGGAGAUGGCGACCGAUUUUUUACAACAUUCGAAAUUAAGUUCAGAAUUAGUAGGGGCAAUCUACUUGAAGUUUUAUGACUUGAUAAGAAGAUUUUUUAAAUGUAACCGAGGAAGAUUCGCAACGGUUAAUAUUGUGCAGAAUAUCAAUCUGCCCAGCGUGGCACCAGCAGCUGCGCAGAACGUUUCACAUAGUGCGAAUAUGUUGUUAAACAGACAAAUUGAAAUGAAUAAUUCAGUAAUGGUACCGGAAAACUUAUCGGUUUCCAGGACUGUAGUGAAUCACAAUGUCAAUUACCAGACACCAGGCUUUUUGGCUCCAAAUUCGUAUUAAGUUUGUUGUUUUUUGCUGUUCAAUCGAAAAAAAAUUUACUAAAUCAAGUAUUAUUACAAAACAUUUUAUUAAAAAAGUUGUGAGCUAAGCUGGUAUUAGUUCGGUUUAAUUUAUUAAUUUUGUACGAUAGUCAUGCAAAUGUGAUAAAUGCUAAUUAAUAUAUUAUGACUUCUAUUUUUUCUUGUAUUAUAUACUGUAAUUUCUUAAGUUUAGUAAUAUUGAGUUAAACAAUACUUAAAUCUUGCUAUAAUAAAAUAUAUUUAAUUCAUCAAAUCUAAAGACAAGUUAUGUGUUUUAGUAAAUAGCUGAUUAGAGCUGUGUAGAUGUUAUCAAUACCAUAACUGUUGCAAAACCAGUAAAAUUGCAUGAAAUUGAUAACACCAGCAGAACUCUCAUGAUAAAUAUAACCCAAAAAAAAUGGUGAUACUAUAAUAGUAAAUAUUGCAAUUCUUACCAGAACCCGACAUAAUUAUAAGACUGAAGGACAGUUUGUACUUAAGUUUUGAAGAUACAUUGUGGCCAUAUGCAUUUACGGAUUAUAUCUCUUCAUUACUAAUGUAACAUUAAAUAAAAUAUCAAAUUUUGUUAUA